UCUUCCUCUUUCUCCCAAUCUUCUCCCUUUUUCUCAUUCUCAUCAUCAUCAUCAUCAUCAUCAUCAUCAUCAUCAUCAUCAAACUCAAUCCUCAUUCCCAAUUUUUUCUUCUUUUCUUGCAAUCCGAACUCUGAUCGUCUUCAAUCUCCAUCUCUGAUCGAAGCUCUGGAAUUCAGCGUUCUAUGGAUGCCUUCUGAUCCAGCAAUGGUUCCGGAUCAUUGGAGCUAGGGUUAGGGUUAGGGUUAGGGUUUGGUGCUGGGAUCGAUAUCUCUAGGGUUAGGUUUUUUCUUUUGGUGGAGAUGUUGCACAAGAUCAUCAAGCGUGGGGGGCGCAAACCCUCGUCCAAAUCGGAGGCGAAUGAGGGUGCUGUCUUCUCCUCCGGCUACGCCGCGCCAUUCCACAACCCUCGCCAGGCGUCCUCUGUUGUCUCCGUCAACCACGCCUCCCGUGCCGCAUCCGCAUCGGCGGUUCCUGCCGCCGGCGCUGUGGCGCCCGCCCCGGCUGCCGCGCCUGCUAUUGAGGCGCUUCCUCUUUUUCGCGAUGUCCCCGCCGGUGAGCGUCAGGCUUUGUUCCUUCGCAAGCUUCAGAUCUGCUCUGUUGUGUUUGAUUUCUCCGAUACUCUCCGCUCCGCCCGCGAGAAGGAGGCCAAGCGCCAGACGCUGCAGGAGCUCGUUGAUUUCGUGCAGUCUGGAUCGUCUGGUCGCCUUUCGGAGCCUGUCCAGGAAGAGCUUGUCCGCAUGGUGGCCACGAACAUCUUCCGAGCUCUCCCGCCGGCUGCCCAUGAGAACACUGGAUCGCCGGAGAGCGCCGAUCCUGAGGAGGAGGACCCUUAUCUUGACCCCACCUGGCCUCAUCUUCAGAUCGUCUAUGAGCUUCUCCUCCGCUACGUGAUCUCCUCUGACACUGAUACUAAGGUCGCCAAGCGCUAUAUUGAUCACUCCUUUGUUCUUCGCUUACUUGACCUCUUCGAUUCUGAGGAUCCUCGUGAGCGCGAGUAUCUGAAGACCAUCCUUCACCGCAUCUAUGGCAAAUUCAUGGUCCACCGCCCCUUCAUCCGCAAGGCAAUCAACAACAUCUUCUACCGGUUUAUUUUUGAGACUGAACGGCAUUCUGGGAUUGGUGAGCUUUUGGAGAUUCUUGGUAGCAUUAUCAAUGGCUUUGCACUGCCAAUGAAGGAGGAGCACAAGUUGUUUCUUGUUCGAGCUCUAAUCCCUCUCCAUAAGCCCAAGUGUAUUGCAAUGUAUCACCAGCAGCUGGCCUACUGCAUCACUCAGUUUGUCGAGAAGGAUUAUAAGCUUGCAGAUACAGUAAUUAGGGGCUUGUUGAAGUACUGGCCUGUUACAAAUUGCGGGAAGGAAGUGCUGUUUCUUGGGGAAUUGGAGGAGGUUCUUGAGGCAACACAACCUGCGGAAUUUCAACGAUGCAUGGUGCCAUUGUUUAAGCAGAUAGGGCGCUGCCUCAACAGCUCUCACUUCCAGGUUGCUGAGCGUGCACUGUUUCUCUGGAACAACGACCAUAUUGUUAGCUUGAUUGCACAGAACCGCAAUGUUAUCUUCCCAAUCAUAUUUGAAGCACUUGAGAGGAACAUGCAGGGCCACUGGAAUCAGGCAGUCCAUGGUCUGACAGCGAAUGUCCGGAAGAUGUUCCUCGACAUGGACAAUGACUUGUUUGAAGAGUGCCAGCGACAGUUUAUAGAGAAAGAAUCGAAUGCCAAAGCAUUGGAAGAGCAACGGGAGUUGACAUGGAAAAGACUGGAAGAAAUGGUCGAAAUCAAUGCUGCUGCGCCCGAUGAGAUGGUUUUGGUCAGUUAGGCUGAGUAAUUCGCUUAGUUUGUUUUUUGUUUUUCUUUUCUUUUUCUUCUUCACAUUCCCUUUAUUUUGUUCUUUUUUAAUCUAUUUUCUCUCUUCGUAUCUUGUUUUGUAAUAUCAUAUCAUGAAAGGUCCCCCCCAGCGUUAUUGUAUUUUAAUAUGUAUCAAUUUGUGGAUAUACUGAUGAUCAAGAAUUAUUCCAAGGUUCUUAAUUUUGGCAAUGGGAUGACAAUUGUGUCUUCA